AUGUACGGGAGUGGAGAGGAGCGACUGGCGACGCGAGAUCGAAGGCCCAGGAGCACAUCCAUCGGGCAGCUGCCGCCGGAGGAUAUGCUCGGAGGUUCGAACGACGAUAGCGCGCAGCUCCUGCCCUCUCUCGCCGAUGAACGGCGGCAGAGGCGCGCCGCACACUGGUGGGGCCGCCUCCUCAAUUCCAUCGAUCGACCCGAUGCAAAGGGCGGCCACGGCAAUCUUCUUCUCUACCUCACCAUCCUCGGGGCGGCGGUGGGGUUGGUGGCGGGGUGGGCGGCGAGCGUCACGGGUCCGAGCAAGACCACGAUGGAGCUGCUGGGCUUCCCGGGCGAGAUUCUGCUCAGCAUGCUGCGCGCCCUGGUGGUGCCCCUCAUCAUGUCCAGCAUCGUCGUGGGCAUCACCUCCCUCGGGAGUGCAAGCAACAUGGGCCACCUCUCCCUGAGGGCGCUGCUCUACUACGGGCUGACCACCAUCGUCUCCGCCAUCUUCGGCAUCUUCUGGGUGCUCCUCAUCCAACCCGGUACCUACGCCGAGGUGCCGACGGACGGGUCGGUGCCCAACGCACCACAGAAGACCCCGCUGGAGAGCAUCCUGGACAUCAUACGGAGCCUGUUUCCGCCCAACCUGUUCAAGGCGGCCGUCGACAUGAACGUUCUGGGCAUCAUCACCUUUUCCGUCGCUCUGGGCGUCGUCUUGAUCAUGAUGGGCGACAAGGGUCAUCCGUUGAUCGACUUUUUUAAUUCCUUCAACGAAGCCAUCAUGCGAAUAGUCGGCCUGGUGAUCUGGUGCGUGCCGAUCGGCAUCUGUUCGCUGAUCAUCGCCAAGCUGGGCCACGAUGGCAACUUCUGGGCCAAGCUCGAGCAACUCAGCGUGUUCGUUGUGACGGUGGUGCUCGGCCUCGGGUUUCAUAUGUUCGUCUUCCUACCGUGUGUCUACGCGUUCAUCGUCCGCAAGAAUCCCUUCGUGGCUCUACUGAUUGCGUUGGGCACGGCCUCUUCGUCCGCCACCCUCCCGGUCACCAUCAAGUGCUGCGAGGAAAACAACGGCAUCUCCCAGCGGGUCGCGCGCUUCGUGCUACCAUUGGGCGCGACGAUGAACAUGAACGGGACGGCCCUCUACGAGGCGGUGGCCUGUAUAUUCAUGGCCCAAGCGCUCGGCGUGGAGCUCUCGUUCGGUCAGAUCGUCAUCACGGCUCUCACUGCGACGCUCGCUGCCAUUGGCGCCGCCGGCAUUCCUGAGGCCGGUCUGGUGACGUUGAUCAUGGUGCUCACGGCGGUGGGUCUCCCGCUGGAGGGGAUCGGGCUUCUCUUCUCCAUCGAUUGGUUCCUCGAUCGCCUUCGCACCACCGUGAACGUGUACGGUGAUGCUGUCGGCGCCGCGAUUGUGGAUCACUGGGAGGCCAAGAAGUUCGAAGAUCUGGAGCUCGACGACCCCUUCGCCGACUCGAGCAGCAGCAGCAAGGAGGGAAGCGGAAGCAGCAGCACCAUCGGCGAGGAGGACUCUGGCGUGAUGACGCCCAUCUUCUCCUCGGAGCGCGUCUACCCGCGAUACCAGACCACGCCUUCCAUGUGCGUGAUGGUUCCCUUCCGCAAGGAGUUCGCAGAGGAGCUGGCGAGGGUGGCCAACAACCCCAACAUCGCGCGCAACUUGCGGGACAGCUUUCCACACCCCUACACGCUCCAGGACGCCCACGCCUAG